GGGUGCCUAUACGUUAUAUUAUUUACUUUUCAAUUUCAAUAUUUGGUAUUUGGGGAUAAUUUGUAGUAAACGAUUAAGCAUAUUUUAUUGAUUCUCAAAAUCAUGGAUAAUGCUUCAAGCAGCUCCAGUGCCUCUGAGACAGAUGAUCUUGAUGCAGAUCUAUUUGAAAAUAGGAAUGGUAACUCAACUGAUAAAAAGGCUGUUUUAAAUGAAAAGGAAACUCGGCUUCAGAACAAGUUUAAUUUAGUCCAACAACAAGAAAGGUUUACUGCACUGAGAGAAAAAGUGGAGCAGAUUAGAUGCCGUGCUGCAAAACGACAUCAAAUAACUGAGGAAAGAAAGUCUCGUAAGUUGGUAAAAAGGGCUUUAAACGGUCCAGAAAUAAAAGAAUUAGUUGAAAAUUAUGGUCCAGUAUCCAAUUGUACUAAAGCUUCUAAUCCAGAAAAUACUCAGAAGUGGUUAGAAGUGAAACCAUUUUUGACUAUAAAUGAUCACUUACAGGGACCUGUAUCCCAUGGAGAUUGUGGACCAAAAACUGAACUAGAAUACAUGAUAGAAGAUGCAAUAAAAGAAGGUGACUUUGAAAAAGCAGAACUUUUAAGUGAUAGUCUUGCCAACAGACAGUUUGCUGUUAAAAUUGCAAAAGCAUUUGAAGCAAAAAAAUGUUCUGAAAAAUUAGAGCAACAAAAUGCUAUUAAAACAUUGAAAAAACAACAGAAAAUUCACUGGACUUUUGAAGCUAAAGAAAGGUGGCAGAUGAAAGGAAAUAUGUGAUCAGAAUACAUAAAGAUGUCUCUUCAUUUUGUGCUUUUAGACCUUAAGAUACAUCAUGUUGAAUAAAAUUAUCUUAUGUUUUUACUUAAAUUACUUUGUAU